AGCGCGGGCGGGACGCUUGUGGGUGGAGGGCUGGGGGCGGCCCCAACUGCUCUUCUCUCGGGUGCCGCCACCCCAGGCCCGCGGGCUCCCGGGCUCCGCCACCUGUGCCCCGCCCCUGCGGCCGCACUCCAGCCCCGGAACCGCGGAGGCGCGACCCCGCCUUGGGAAGGGCGAGGUUCCCGUCCCGACGCGCGGAUUUGUCUCCGGGCAGUAGCCCCGCCGUUCUCGGCAUGUGGCUGCGCUGAGAGCCGGCCCGCUCGCGGAUCCGGGGAGCCGGGCGUUGGCUCCCUUUCCCUGCUGUGUGAGAAGGUGGACCUGCAGCCGGCAGGAUGACCAACCCUGCGGCCGCGCAGAACCAGGAAAUUGACUGUCUGAGCCCAGAAGCUCAGAGACUGGCGGAGGCCAGGCUGGCGGCAAAGCGCGCGGCACGAGCAGAGGCCCGAGAGAUCAGGAUGAAGGAGCUGGAGCGACAGCAGAAAGAGGCGUCUGAUGAAGAUGAUCGCGUGUCAGCGGGUAGCCGCGGAAGUCUGAGGACAAAUGGUUACGAUGGAGAAUUAUAUGGAUCACAGUCCCUGAACAGAAGAUCUGGCAGGAAUUCCAGCUACAGCGGUGACAGCAGAUUCUCUACUUUGUCAUCAUCCAGAGAGGACACCUUGCUGGGUGGGCAGCCCUCGGAGCACAGCGGCCACUUCAAGUCCAGCUCCCGCAGCUCCUCAAGAGGCAGCUCGGCGCGGGCCAGCCCAGUGGUUGAAGAGAGACCAGAAAAAGACUUCACGGAGAAGGGGUCUCGUGGGCUGCCUGGCCUGUCUGCAGCCACACUGGCCUCCCUGGGUGGGACUUCCUCUCGAAGGGGCAGCGGGGACACCUCCAUCUCCAUUGACACUGAGGCCUCCAUUAGGGAAAUCAAGGAUUCACUAGCAGAAGUUGAAGAAAAAUAUAAGAAGGCCAUGGUUUCCAACGCUCAGCUAGACAAUGAGAAGACAAACUUUAUGUACCAGGUCGAUACGCUAAAGGACAUGAUGCUGGAGCUUGAAGAGCAGCUGGCUGAGUCCAGGCGGCAGUACGAGGAGAAAACCAAAGAAUUUGAAAGGGAAAAGCAUGCCCACAGUAUCCUCCAGUUUCAGUUUGCUGAGGUGAAAGAGGCCCUGAAGCAAAGAGAAGAAAUGCUUGAGAAACAUGGAAUAAUCCUAAAUUCAGAAGUAGCUACCAAUGGAGAGACUUCAGACCCUCUAAAUAAUGUUGGCUACCAAGGUUCCACAAAGAUGACAAAGGAAGAGUUAAAUGCCCUCCAGGCAACAGGGGAUGGGACGCUAGGAAGAGCCAAUGAAGUGGAGGUGAAAGAUGAAAUGGUGGAGAAUGAGGGGAAAAGAGAAAUCUUGCAGAACACUGAGCAAAGACAGCACAAAGAGGACCCAGGAAAGGACUGUGUGGACACAGAGGUGUUACAUCCUGGUGACAAUGCCGAGGACCAGAAAACCUCUGAAGACAGUGCCCCCUCCCCAGGAACGUUAGUAAAUUCUGAGAACGAGGAACAGGUUCAAAGCCAGAUUCUGGAGGACACUUCCUUCUUUGAAAGCACACAGCAGGUUGAGUCAAGUGAGGUCAUAAACAGUGAACUAGAUGGUGAAAUCCCAGGUCCUGGGAUUGGGCAGGGCAGCAGUUAUGCCUUGGAUACCAAAAACCAAAGUAAAGAAUCUGCAGAAGAGUGGGAAAAAGAAAAACAGGAAGAUUUUGAAACCAACGUGGAAGAGAUUAGCGUAGAACCACGUCAGGAAUGUGCUCCUUUGCAAGUAUCUGAAGUUGGAAGGGAGAGCAGUGCAGACACUGGGGAGCAGAGUGGGAACCCCACAGAGGCUGUGCCGGAGGCAGGGCUCACUGGGUUGGGGGAGCAGGUGGGCACAGUAGCCUCAAGUCCUCCAAGGGGUAUCGAUGACACAGUGAGUCACCGUGAAAAGUGUGAGGUAGAUGCUCCGGAAGGCUUGGACCCAAGCUCAGGGCAUGAUUUAGAGAAAGAACUCACCAACCAGGAAGUAGCUGAGCCCAAGGAGGUCCCAAUUCAGAGCACAGAGGUAGGUGGGGAGAACAAUGAAGGGGAGGGUAAAGGAAGAAAAGUAAGGGAUGAGAAACCAAUCAAGCUGGAAGUCCAAGCCAUUCCUUGUUCUCCAGAAGCCAGAAGCAGCCCUCAGGAGGCGACAGGUCCAAGUAAGGUAGAUGCUGAAAGUGAAUCCCUAGAUAUGAAAGAGCCCGAUGAGGAAAAGAAUGACCAACAGGGAGAGGCGCCGGAUUCGUCACCCAAGAAAACAAAGAGCAAGAAAAAGAAAAACAAGAAGAAAAAAUCACCAGCGCCUGUAGAAACCAAAGAUGUUCAGAAAGAGUUAACAUUUCAAAACCCAGAUUUAAGUGAAGUGAAAGAAGAGCAGGUAGAACUUACUGACAAAAAGCCAGUUGUAGAAGCGCAAAAUGAGGUCACUAAAAACCCAAAACAGGACGCUGCGGUAGGAAGCAGUAAAAACGCCGAUGGUCCAGAAAAUCCUAAAACUGAGUUGGAUGGAGGACUUCACCAAGACGAUUUUGGUGUAAACACUAGGACAAGGAAAGCAGUAGCUGAUGGAGACACAUUGGGUUUUGAAGAUAAUACAGUUCAGUCAUCAGGCACCAGUGCCAGUAAUAAAGAAUCAGAGGAAGGUGCUAGAAAAGAUGAUGCUGAGGAAGACGGCACCGCUCCCAGCCGUCCUCCAGGUCCAGACAAUGAGGAAGUGCCAGGCAGCGCCCUGCUCCAAGACGAAGGUCCCUCGAAGAACAUUAACGAUGCCUGUCAAACAAAAGGCACAGGAGAGCAUGUGACAUCAGAAAAUCGAGGUCACACAGUCAGGAAGGUUUCAGACAGCGUUAGUCUAGAAAAUGAUGACGUGGCACCAGCAGGCGAGGUGGGGGACUUUAAUUCAGAAAGCAAGGAAGAGACGACAGGUGGACACGGGAAGGGCAGAAACAAAGAGGACUGUACCUUGUCGUAGGUUGAGGCGGGGUCUUAGGGGGAGACCAGGACUGCACAGCAAGUCCAACUGUGAGAGACUCCACCGGUGAGACACAGAAAAUGUUCUAGAUUGGUAUAGGCGCACCGAAUGACAAUCCACCAAGUUAUCUAAUCCUUGAAGCUAUAGACUGUUACCUGUAGCUUUCUAUUUCAUCACUAAGGUUAUCACCCAGAUGAGAAGGACACUUCUGUUAUUGGAGUUAGUUCUAAUGGAGAGCAUUCCGAGAGCAUCGAACAAUAAUGUACACUGUUUUAUUUCUGCUUAAAAUCAGCCUCAAAAUAUUUAGCUUUGGCCUUAAGCUGAUAUGAAUGUGCAUAUUCUUGACCAAAUGUAUCAAUAUCUAAUUGAAGCGACCAAAUAGUAUCCUGAGAUUUCCACAUUAUGAGUAUGAUUUAAAUGAAGGUGUCUCAUUUAAAUGUAUGUGCUUUCAUAUUUGAUCUUGAUAAUGUAUAAUGUAACCUGUAUGGUAUUUUAUUUAAAAAGUACGUAAACGGCCAGACAGCACAUAGGUCACUGAGUGAUGAGAUUUGCAUGUUAGGACAAUAAUUAAUCAUGUUAGGGAUAGCACAUAAACAUCUUACAGCACUAGGGAUAGCUUACUUGCUUUUACCUCAUAUAAGUAUUUUACCCCAGACCAAUACUUUUAGAUCUCAUUCUUGAGGAUACCUGAAUUUAUUUUGUAGGAGAUUUUGACUUCAUGACAAUUAUGUACCAAAGUCAUUUUAUGCAAAGACUUCUUUUUUUUUUUUUUAUUCUUUUCUGGAAGAGAUACAUGUUGUAAUUGCAUUUCCUACUGCAGUAUUUGGCUAGGGAGAAUCAUUUCUAACAUUUAUUUUUUUAACCUUAAAAUUACUUCUCUUUGUAUCUGUCUAAUCAUUAUUCAGUAGAGCAAGACAAAAGGAUGCUAUACUUGUGCAAACUUCUGAUUAGACUCUAACGGGAUAUUUUAAAUAGUUGAAUCACUUGGUAUCUGGUAUAAAUAUUUUCAUUUGUUGUUUUUCGGUAUAUUCUUAACAGAAAUUUCUUGUUUUGAUCUUCCUGAACAAGAUAUAUAUUUUCUAUAUAAAGAAACAUUUUAAAAAUAAUUGUAAAGUUAAAUAAAAAACCAUUAUAGAAUAUUAAAAUGACAGGGGACUGUACAGUUUGAAUGCUGUUGACACUUUAUGAGAUCAUAUGACUUCGUAUUAUUGUUACAAGAUAUAAUUGAGUGCAAAAAUGACCGAUACCUCAACAAAAUCUGAAAUAAAAACAUUUUAUAAUUUUA